AUGUCUGAUACCAGCUGGAUCCGCCCCGCUUCCCGUCACCAGACCCUGCACACCCAAACAUCCAUCGACUCAUUCUUCAGCCCAGCGAGCACCCAGCCAGGAGAAGGAAAGAGCCGAACUGUAUCCGACGAGAAGAAGCCUACUCAAUCCAGGAAACGUACUCCAGCCGAACAGCCAUCGUCGAGCUCAGCAAAGAAGAAGAACAGGAAGUCGGUCGUCAUCAGCUUGCCAUCAUCACCACCAGAUCAAUCCACGCCGAUCCUCAUAGAAGACGACGAUGAUGGCCCAUCAUCGCCCGUCCAAAAUCAGCAACCCCAAGCUAGUCGCGGUUUACAAACUGUCGAAACUAUCACGUGUCCAGUCUGCUCGAAAGUUUUAGACGAUGGGAACUUAGCUCUAGCCGAAAGACAUAUCAAUCUCUGUCUCGAUCGACCUAUCUCAUCCACAUCCUCACCACCGAAACCGACACCCAAGCCUGAACGCCCCGAAUGCCCUGCUGAUGAGGACCAUGAAACGAAAAUCGUCAAGCCAUCAGCAUCCUUAUCCACCAAGCCUCGAGCCGCAAAAGCCAAGAAGAAGGGGAAGAAGACGGUAGGAAAGCUAGCGGAUGGGAAAGCGGGAGGGAAGAAAGUCCGAGCAGGCCAGGCGGUCCCGUUCUACAAGCUGAUGCCGGGCACGACGCUGUCGGUGGACUGCUUCAGCCACGGGGCCGUGCCAGGCGUGACCGGCUACUUCCUCUCGCACGCCCAUUCGGACCAUUAUACCAAGCUGAGCUCGAGCUGGAAGCACGGCAAGAUCUACUGCUCCAAGACGACGGCCAACCUCGUCAAGCUCAAGCUCAGGGUCGAUCCUCAGUGGGUCGUCCCGCUCGACUUCAACCGGCCCUACACUAUCGACGACGUUCGUGUCGUCCUGAUCGACGCUAAUCAUUGUCCUGGAUCGGCGAUGUUCUUGUUCGAAGGGAUGACCAAACCCGAGCAAAAGCCGUUCCGGUACUUACAUUGCGGAGACUUCAGGGCCGCACCUAGUCAUCUGCGACACCCGGAGAUCCACAACAAGGUGAUUGAUAUAUGCUACUUGGACACGACCUAUUUAGAUCCGAAGUACUGUUUCCCAGCUCAAGAGCAGGUGAUCGAAGGCUGUUGUCGAAGUAUGAGUGCCAGGGUACUCGAGGCCGAUCGGACGGCUACAAUGUCUUCCAAGGACCUCAAAAAUCUUCAAGAGAUCGAUAAAUCUAGAGCAGUCUUCAAGUCUUGGUUAGAUACCUCUUCCACCACCCCUGCCGUCGAUCCCCCUCCUCAGAAAGAGGCGAAGCCCGAGCAGCUUGUUUGUCCGCCUGCCGCUGAAACGCCUGUUCCAAAUCAACCCAAACUUGCGAGUAUCUUUGAGCCCAGAACGAAAGUUAAAGAAGGGAGCACGGCGGCCUCGGAAAAGAGGAGCUUGAUCCUAGUGGGGACAUACAGUAUCGGAAAGGAACGGAUAGUGAUCGAGUUGGCACGACGGUUGUCGACCAAAGUGUUCUGUUCGGACCACAGGAAGCGGGCGAUUAUCGGAUGCAUCGACGAGGCGGACGAGGAGGCCGAGCUGAAAGGGCUCCUGACUACGAACCCGUACGAUGCCCAGAUCCAUCUCGUCAACCUGUUCGCGCUCAAUAAACCUGGGCUCUUGGAGUCCCAUUUGGCCAAGUUUAGACCCCACUUCAAUCACAUUAUUGGAAUCAAGCCCACUGGGUGGUGCUACAAACCCCGCACAUCCAUCCCUGUCAACUCGCUCGACCUCCACACGUUCAUCGACGCCUUCCAACAACAAGAACAAUACCUGGAUGGUAGCCCAUCCAACCGGGUCGGACGGCUUAUUUUCCCGGAGAAAGUCAAGCCAGAUCUCGCCCACAUCGUCGAGAUCUACGGCGUGCCGUACUCCGAACACUCCUCGUUUUUCGAGCUGAGCUGUUUUUGCAUCUCCUUCGAUUGGGUCCGGAUUAUCCCGACGGUGAAUUGCGGAAGCCCGGCCUCCCGGGCCAAGAUGAAAGCGUGGAUCGACCGCUGGAAGCUCGAGCGUCUUCGGCUCCUCAAAUCCGCCCCUCCGUCCGUCCCGGCCCUCCAGCCCGGUCCCGGGGCCGAAGAGCCUGCGAUUCCUCAGCCCUCGCCGGCCGGAAUCCCGUCCGCCUCUCUCCCUCUUUUGCCAACUCCUCCUCCUCCUGCACUACUUGUCAAACCUCGAGACCCGCUGUACUGGUAA